AUCAGAAAUGGAAGAAAUAGACUUAAACGACCCCAGACUUGUUACGAGCAAAGCCGAUGCUAAAUAUAUGCAGAUUAAGACUAUCUUUGAUUUUUUCAAAGGUGUACAGCCAGAAGAUAUUCAGCCAUGGCCAAGAAGGUCGCUUCUGACAUCAGAAUGGACCGACACAAAGACGAAAUUCCUCCAACUAGAAUUUCCGGAGGAAAUGGCAAAAUUAGCUGCAGAUAAGAAAAGAGCCGAAUACCAAGACAAAUGCAGGAAAUUCUUUUUCCCAGAAAUAUAUGCCGUGGAGGAGUUCAGCCGUCUUGUCAAAAUGAAACUCCUUGAAAAACGUAAUGGCGAAAAGGCAAAGCGUGCACAACUGUUGAAUGAAAUUGAGAACAGUAAGAAGGAUAAAGACAGAGAGCAGAAGAAAGGCAAUGUCAAGGAAGAGGAGAAAUACGAUGAAAAGGAAGACGAGAAAGAAAUGAUAAACAUCGAAGAUGUGAUUCUCGUAACACCAGACACACACAAAGCAGGAAAAGGGAAGUCUUUUCUCUCCUGCUUCUGUUUCUAGACGAUUUCUUUUAACUUUCUGAGUCUACUUCAUCUCUGUAUCUGAAUACCCUGCUGGGUUUUCUAUUUCUUUUCCAACUAUGAUUGUGAACAUUAUACUUGGUUAUGCUAUACGUACAAAUUUCUGCAGUGGCAAUCAAUUCUAUUUUCCAAUUUGAUAUAUCAAUUUCGCUUUAAUUUUAAUGUUAUAUACGGAUUGGCAAACCAAAAUUAAGUAGAUUGACGUACAAAUUUCUGCAGUGGCAAUCAAUUCUAUUUUCCAAUUUGAUACAUUAUUUUUGCUUUAAUUUUAAUGUUAUAUACGGAUUGGCAAACCAAAAUUAA